GCCACCAUGCAGAACUACAAGUACGACAAGGCGAUCCCGCCGGAGAGCAAGAACGGAGGCAGCCCGGCCCUGAACAACAAUCCCAGGAAGGGCGGCCGCAAGCGGGUGCUGCUCAUCUGCCUCGAUCUCUUUUGCCUCUUCAUGGCGGGCCUGCCCUUCCUCAUCAUUGAGACCAGCACCAUCAAGCCGUACCAACGAGGCUUCUACUGCAACGAUGAGAGCAUCAGAUACCCGCUGAAGACGGGGGAGACGAUCAAUGAUGCCGUCCUGUGUGCUGUGGGCAUCGUCAUCGCCAUCCUGGCGAUCAUCACCGGGGAGUUCUACCGAAUCUAUUACCUGAAGGAGAAAUCUCCGUCUGUGAUCCAGAACCCGUACGUGGCCGCCCUCUACAAGCAGGUGGGCUGCUUCGUCUUUGGCUGCGCCAUCAGCCAGUCCUUCACGGACAUCGCCAAGGUGUCUGUUGGCCGCCUGCGGCCCCACUUCCUAGAGGUCUGCAACCCCGACUUCAGCAAAGUCAACUGCUCCGUGGGCUACGUCCAGAUCUAUGACUGCAGAGGAGAUGACAGCAGGGUCCAGGAAGCCAGGAAAUCCUUCUUCUCCGGCCAUGCCUCCUUCUCCAUGUACACCAUGCUCUACUUGGCGCUCUAUCUGCAGGCGCGCUUCACCUGGAGAGGAGCCCGCCUGCUCCGGCCCCUCCUGCAAUUCACGCUCAUCAUGAUGGCCUUCUACACUGGCCUGUCUCGGGUGUCUGACCACAAGCAUCACCCCUCCGAUGUCCUGGCAGGAUUUGCACAGGGAUCCCUGGUGGCCUUCUGCAUAGUCUUCUUCGUGUCAGACCUCUUCAAAACCAAGACGACUAUUUCCCUGCCUCCCCCUCCCAUCCGAAAGGACAUCCUCUCCCCUGUGGACAUCAUAGACAGAAACAAUCACCACAAUAUGGUGUAAGCCGCUUGGCUCCCCCGGAGAGUUUUGCAAACUGACUGCUGACAGCAUCCACCUGCUGCUCUCAAAUCUCAUCAGACAGUAGAAUGUAGGGGAAAACUGUUUUUUGCCCGCCCGAUCUUCUUUUAAAAAAAAAAAAAUUCUUAUUCUGUGGCCUUCUGCAAUUGGUUGUGGUUCAACCAAAUGGAGACACCAGUGCAAACGGACGCAAGGUUUCCAAGUGCCUGAGUUCUCGGGGCAUGGUUGGUCCCGCGUGUUCAUGUUCUAGUGGACGCUGGCUAGUUCACGGGUGAACACAAGAUGGCUUUGUAGAGUGGCGUCAUCCUCGUCGGUCCAGAGCCCUUCCUGCGAGCCGCUUCCCAUUGUAGCCCCCCCAGGAGGCAAAGAAAUAGCACUGAACUGAGGCUCGUGGGGAGCGAUCUCUGGAGUGGCCUCCCCGGCCGGGGAGCUUGGUUUCCUACUGUGACUCUGGUGCCGGGAGCCCCCCAGGCACAAUGUCAGAAAUGGACUUGCUCCUGGCCGCCAGGAAGGAGCUGUCCGGUCGGGACUAGUAUCUUACUUACCACUUUACCCCGUUCCAGCCAGUAACCGAAGUUAGCUCACUUUUAGCCACUAGGAUACUCUUUGUGGACAACUGACUUUCAUGACAGCACAAGGGUGGGAAAAAAAAGUGGAGGGGGGAUGCCCUGCUCUCUCCAUCACCCCUUAUCUUUGGUGGUCAUUCUCCGUGGUCAGCGGAUGACCACGGAGGUCGAUCUGCACUUGCAUUUGGCUAAGUCCGGUGCAUUUUAGAUGAAAUGAGGCAUUUGUUCCCCACCAAAAAAAAAAAAGGAAGUUAAAGAAUUUUGUCAUUUUCCCAUGAGCCACAUAAACUUUGACAAGUCCAGGGUUAGGGCUGGAUUCUGCCCUGAAAGAAACUAACCUUCUCUUAAAAGUACAACGGAUUGGGGGGUUGGGUGGGGGGAAAUGGGAUAAAAGGAAUACCUGGCCCAGGGCGGCAGGUUGUCCUGCACCUCUAAGGGGGCCUUCUGUGGGGGCUCAUGAGCCCCGGGAGUCCUCUUAGGCAUUCUUCUUGAGAUGUGUAAAGCACUAUGGAUUUGGGAUGGAGUCCCAGGAGCCGAGGAUUCAGCGGUCUUCGCACACUCUGCAGGGCAGAACGCGGACCCGCUAGGAUCUCUUGGUGGUUUAAUUUCCUCAUCCUCUAUCCGGAAGGCCCGAUAAGUUAGGUUUUCUUAGAGGUAGUAGGUAGCAGUUCAAUGACUUGGCUUUCCCAGGAAAGGAAAGGAAAAAAAAAGGGAUUAAAACAAACAAACAAACAAACAAACAAAGAUAUUUCUACAUCUUGGGUGAAGACCUUGCAAAGGGCUAAACAUCUUAGGGGUCAUAUAAAACCAAACGGAUUGGCCAUUAGCACAUUCAACUUCGAGAAUCCGUCCUACCAUUUCAACUAUAGCAAGCUAUGAUUUUUAUAUAUAAAUAUUAUAUAAAUAAUGUAUAAAACAUUAAAAAUUAACUAUGUAAAAUAUUAUUUCUGAAACAAUUUUAGAUAUAUCCACUAUGAUUAUCAACGGUGUCUUGACCUGUGUUAUUUACAUCAUUGCUGCUUGAAAAAGCAUCGAGUUACUUUUUGUUUUUUUCAUCUAGUCAACUAAAACGUGUGUAGCUCUGUAGGAGUCGUCGGGAAACGGAGAAGAGAUAGCGACAGCUAGAGACGGUUGUAUAAAAAAAGGGGAAAUGGUCCGUAUUUUUGUAAUGUUGACUUUUGUAAAGAAAAGGACUAUUUGAAGACUUUUGUAGAAGGCAGGAACACAAAAGUUUGUAUCCACAAAACCAUGGCUGUAUAAAUGUGCUUUUGAAAUAAAAGCUCAUAACACGACUAAUUA